CGAUCAUUGAAAUACCAAGUCAAUUCGAGACAAGUUUGGUGAUUCUGUAUCAAAUACUUGGUGUAAUGGCUACUGUUUCAGAGGGAACAGUAUCAAUUUGUCCCGAUUUUGCGGGUUACGGGAGUAGCCAAGCUCCUAGAGGUUAUUUACUCAAAGAUUCGUAUCCUGCUUCCACUAUUCCUCUGUGGCUCAAGACGAAGGUACAACUUCGGGAAGAAACCAAUUGUAAUACGGAUAUUGGAAAUUCCGCAACUUAUGCUGGAUACAGUGAGGGAGGCUACGCAUCAAUAGCAAUUGCAGACGGCUUGCAGAAAGCCAUUGGAGUCCAACCUAACUUUGUUUUGGCUGGUGGAGGUCCCAUUCGCAUGAAAGACUUGACGCUCAUAGAUGUAAUUAAAAACAGCAUCGGGCCUGAAAGUUUACAACAAGUACACAUUGGUUUGCUUUUUGGGUUGUCGUAUUCCUCGACCUACCCUACUGUUGCUAAUUUCAAUGCAGGACAAGAUUUGCUAAGGAGUGAGGUUCGGGAUCUAGCGCUUGGGUGGCUACAGGAGGUGGACAUCACGCAUGCUAAAUUGAAUGAAAAAAUAUUGAGCUUUGUGGGAGGAUCCGCAGAUGGUCUUAUCGAUGCAAUCAUGAAUCCCAACAUCCUUUCACUCGUCCGUGGAGCGAUUGGUGCAGGAAAUGAAGAUUACUGUCAGUCAGAAUACGAUGGAUACGAGACUGGAGUCCAUGACAAGAUUUGCGCGGCGUUGAUCCAAAACGAUCUCUACGACACAAYUCUCGAAGUUGACUAUCCUGUACGCCUAUGUCAUAGUAGCUAUGAUGAAUUAGUUUCGAUCGAUCAUCUGGCUAAUGUGACUGAAAACCCUUUUGUGGAGCUUAAACUUGCGCAAUAUGAUCAUCAUCUAUCAGGUGGAGAGUGUCUUGCUGAUGUGGGCCUCUUCAUUGCACAUGGGCUUUCGGCGGUGACACCGGAACCCAGUCCGAUCUCAUGUCCAGAGAAAAGUCCCACACCUGCACCUGGCAAUGAUUUGAAUCAAGAAUUUUUGUUCAAAAAGAAGAGAGGUGUUUUGGAAACAAAGAAAUGCAGUUUCAUUGGUACACAAUCGCCAUCAGAACAAGAGAGAAUUUGUACAGCCAGGGAGUAUCAAAUCCGGUCCAAACGGAACGGGUACGCACCGGCAUCUGUGGCAUGUUUUGAUUCCUGCUCCGGUUUCUGUGCAAAAGAAUUUGGCCGGAGUAGAUUUCUGUACAAAAGAAAGAUGAAAAAUGAAGUUGUUAUCGAAAAAUCCAAAUCGUGCAGAUGGUUGGAGAAACAAGAGCCAUCGAAAAUCGCAAAGAUUUGUUCCGCAUUGUUUGAUGGAUCUUUGUUGUACGGUAGUGCUGCCGAUGUUUGCACCACAGUUUGUGCUACGUGUUAGGAAGAUAAAUUUGUAAGUUGCUAGUCUGCCACUCGACUCUUAAGUAAGACAUGCACCGCUCGUGGACAUCAACGGUCACAUUUAUCCUUUUGACAUUAAAGCUUUAAAUAGCAAUUAAAUGAUUUUUCAAGUUAUUCCACAACAGUCGCCUUUGGUGGGAAACGCAACUCGUCGAUAUUGUAUUGCAAUGGGAAAUAAUCCAGGAAGAAAUGCGAUUCGUUGUAUGUUGCUAGAUAAAAACAGUUACUUUUUUCGCCUUCGUAAUCUCUUGCAUUUGCAGAUGGAGCAACUACGCAUGUCGUCUUCUUCCAGAUAAAACCGGUUGUUUUCUUGCAUUCAUCUCAUUGUAUAACAGAUUCGCGAUUGGUGAUAUCAAAAACAACCAGCACAGCACAGCUUUAGGCGCAGUCUCCCAGGUCCACCAAGGCGCAGGUUGCUGGGCAGUAUUCCCAGACACGCUUAUUUCUAUACUUCUUUCGGCACCUUUUCUUGAUGGCUCGUACGUUUCUCUUUUUGUGCAAUUUGUCGGCACCCUUGGCCACCCAAUGCUCACAAGAUUUCUUUUCCUUGUUCUUGAAGCGAAAGUCUUUGUCGUCAAUGCAACCAGAGGUGGUAGUCGAGGUGAUGAGUGAGGUACCAUCGUAGGUGGGAGACGAAGUUGGACUCUUGUCCGGGGCUGGGGGUAAAGUUGGUCUUGGAGGGUUGUCAUCAAACCCUUUAUAGUUGCCAUUUGGCAUGAUUGUUGGCAACCACAAAUGACCUUCUGAGGUACUGUCCGACACCAUUGCAUAUAGUGCGGGUGAACCGGCUUCCAGGGAGAUUGCGUUGGUAACACCAGAGGGUGUAAUUUCCAUGUUACUAUCGGGGGUACUCAUUAACCAUUCAUUCAUCGCAAACUCCGCCCGGCCUAUAGUGUAAAGACCACCAAUGUAGGAAACAACAGCCCAGUAGAUUCCUUCCAUAACAAGAACCCACACUUCGCACGAUCGGCAGUUUUUGUUGUAUACCCCUUCGAAGGCGUAUUGGCCUGAGCAUUUGUUUGAUGAUGGAUUGACAUAGUUACCGUCAUGUCCCCAACCACAAUUUCCGUUCGCUUCUUCGAUGGCAACACCUACUUCGCUCUCAAAGCUUCCCCCCCACUUGCUAGGAUAUACGGCAGCUGCUCCCACCGUAAUUAGAUGCAAAAUUUCCUCUAUGGAUGCAUCCCCGUAAUCCGGUCGACCACCUUGACAAUCCUUGUCGUCGGUAUCAAUAAAGGCGGACCAGGUUGAACGAUCUGUAUCGGAGGCCCCUCGAUUGCUCGGAACUACACAAGAGUUUAGAUUUGUCUCCCAUGUUCCUACCAUUUGAAUAUAACCCAGCUGGUCGUGAAAGGAGGAUCCCAUUUUGCUCCAAGCGUCCUCCCACUCUUCCUCAGUAGCAGGAACAAAGAGCAGAUAAUUCUUAUCUACUAUCUCGGCGUGGACUCUGGGAUCAUCAGGUACUCCGUUGGCAUCAUUGUCCAAGUAUUGGUAAAAGACGUUCACAAUGUGAUCGCAUUUGGUUUUCUCUUUCCAAGCUUCUUCUGUAACACAAACUGCAGCGCCAAAAACGACAGUCAUUUUUUCACAGAAUUCGUUGAAAAACGCAGGCGGAUUACUCCAAACGAUCUCUCCGUCUUUCCAACCCACGUACCCUUCGAGCAGAUUAUUCUUAUGGCAAGAAUUUUUCCCAACAGAAGACCAACAUUGCCCAUCAUCCCAAUGGCAACAACCUACUUCGGCACAUUUCUCAAUACCGAAGCCUUUGUUUUCACAGGCUUCUUCGCCAUUUAUGGAAGCACCCAGUGGAAGGAUCAGUGCGACUAUCAACAUAACAGCUGCAGCUUUUCCAAAUAAUUUCGUUUCAUUUUGCGCAKUACCUUUCAUUUCAAUCACUCGUUUGUGUCAGAACACCCUCACUUAACUUUUAC